AUGGCCAACAUUGCAGUUUUUUUGUUUUCACUAGUCCUGCUCUGUAUUACAGCCGCACAAGGGAGGAAAACCCUUUAUCCAAACAAUGAAUUGCCAGCAUCCUCUCCUGUUACCAAUGAUGGUAUAUGCAAAACAAUGGUAGACACACAAGGUUACACAUGUGAAGAACAUAAGGUUACAACAGAUGAUGGCUACAUCCUAAGCCUGCAGAGGAUGCCGGUAGGGCGGUCCGGUAAGACCGCAGACAAGCAACAUUGUGAGUACUCAACUAAAUAUAAUUUAUGGGGUGUGUGGUUUCAGGAUGCUAUAUCAUGGCUGUUCAAUUCCCCAAAUGAAUCAUUGGCAUUUAUAUUAGCAGACAAUGGGUUUGAUGUGUGGCUUGCCAAUACUCGUGGCACAAAAUAUAGCCAAGGACACAAAUCACUUAGCCCUAAUGACAUGGCUUAUUGGGAAUGGUCAUGGGAUGAAUUAGCUAGUUAUGAUCUUUCUGCUUCAGUCCAAUAUGUGUACAACCAUACUGGUCAAAAAUUGCACUAUGUUGGUCAUUCCUUGGGAACUUUGAUGGCUUUAGCUGCUCUCUCUCAAGGGCAGCUUUUGAAUAUGUUGAGAUCAGCUGCAUUACUUUGCCCAAUUGCUCAUAUGGAUCAGAUUCCUUCUCAGCCAUCAAAACUUGCUGCAGACAUCUUUUUAGCUGAUGACAUAUACUGGUUAGGCCUCCAUGAAUUCAUUCCAAACGAGGAUGCUGCAUCCAAAUUUCUUGAAGGCAUCUGCAAUACUCUAAACCUGAACUGCUCAAACCUAAUGACAAUUUUCACAGGUCCAAAUUGCUGCAUAAAUUCUUCUAGGAUAGAUGUCUUGCUUGAUCAUGAACCACAACCAACAUCAACUAAGAACUUGAUCCAUCUAGCUCAAAUGAUCAGAACAGGAAAAAUAGCAAAGUAUGAUUAUGGUGAUCCAGGACAGAAUAUGCUUCACUAUGGAAAACCAGUUCCUCCUCCUUAUGACAUGACCACAAUUCCAAAUCAAUUCCCUCUUUUUCUAAGCUAUGGAGGGAAAGAUACGCUAUCUGAUGUAAAAGAUGUGAAGGUUUUGCUCAAUGACCUCAAAGAUCAUGAUAGGGACAAGCUUGUGGUAGUGUUCAAGGAAGAUUAUGCUCAUGCUGAUUUUGUUAUGGGUGUCAAUGCUAAACAAGUUGUUUAUGAUCCUAUGAUAGCUUUCUUGGGGGCUAAUUGA